UUGGUGGACCUGCAGUAGUAAAAGAGUUUAUGGUUUUAAUGUCGUAAUGUUACUAAUCAUUUAAGUAUACCAUAAUAAUCAUGUGUAUGAAGAUCAGAGUUGCGCUAUUUUCCAAGAAAGGGUGAACGUCAAAGUGGGAAAUUAUUGUCCAUGAAGCAACAUUUUAGUAGAAUUCCUCACCUCAUUUAAUUUUGUUUUCCCUAUUUUUCAGUCUGCAACAUUAUGAUUGUGUACUUUAUUGAUUGCAGACAACUGCUAUAGACCCGAAUUAUUAAUGCAUUUAUAGUGUAAAGUAGUACUUAUACCAUGCAGGUUUUCAAGACAUCAGUAUUAUUAACUUUCGUGUUGCUGUGUUGUUUUGUGUGCAUUUUUGGCGAUGGUUUCCAUUCUACUCUUGGACACCUGAAGGCACAGGCAAGUCCUCAGAUUCAGGCACAAGCUGCGACUGGAGUCAUCAAGCGCCUUAUACCAGAUAAAGCUGAACUGUUCCAAGUGACAGUAGAUCCCAGGUUGGGACCUGUUGGGAAGGACACCUUUAAGGUUUUGAAAGAAAAUGGUCAAGACAGGGUGAACCUUGUGGGAACAAGUGGCGUUGCUGCAGUCUGGGGUUUCCAUCACUAUCUGAAGUACUACUGCUUCUGUCACGUUUCGUGGGAUUCUGACCAGCUGUCUCUUCCUGAGAAAUUACCACCUGUGAACAUUACCGUCACAUCAGUUGAUAGGUUCCGAUAUUAUCAGAAUGUGUGCACCACGAGCUACAGCUUUGUGUGGUGGGGCUGGCCGCGUUGGGAGAGGGAGAUUGACUGGAUGGCCCUCAAUGGAAUAAAUCUGGCCUUGGCAUUCACUGGGCAGGAGGCAAUCUGGCAGCGUGUGUACCUGAAGCUGAACCUCACACAGACAGACAUCAGCAGGCACUUGAGUGGCCCUGCAUUCCUCGCAUGGUUGCGGAUGGGUAAUAUGCGAGGUUUUGGUGGUCCACUCCCCAACUCAUGGCACAGUCAGUCAUUGGCUCUGCAGCACAGGAUUCUGGCGCGCAUGAGAGAGUUGGGAAUCGUACCUGUUCUUCCCGCAUUUGCUGGUCAUGUGGCGCAAGCAUUUAAACGUGUGUACCCGAACACUUCGUUGACCCUCAUGGCAGACUGGAACCAUUUCUCUGAUGAAUACUGCUGUCCCUACCUUCUUGAGCCCACUGACCCUAUGUUUAAGACAGUUGGCAACAUGUUUAUAUCAGAACUGGUUGCAGAGUUUGGUACAAAUCAUGUUUACAGCUGUGACACUUUCAAUGAAAUGACACCGCACACUUCGAAUGUGACGUACCUCUCUGCGGUUAGCAGUGCUGUCUUCUCAGCUAUGACUGAUGUGGACCCCAGUGCAGUGUGGCUGAAGCAGAACUGGGUGUUCGUUCAUGACGUGAUCUUUUGGACAACAGACAAGGUUAAGGCAUUCAUCUCAGCCGUCCCGAUUGGCCGGAUGAUCAUCCUCGAUCUGCAAUCAGAAUUGUACCCACAGUACAAGAGACUACACUCAUACUAUGGACAGCCUUUUAUCUGGUGCAUGCUGCAUAAUUUUGGUGGUACCCUUGGUCUGUACGGAUCAGUAGAAAAUAUUAACAUGGGUGUGUUUGAUGGCCGAAGUUUGGAGAAUGGCACAAUGAUAGGCACUGGUCUGACACCUGAAGGCAUCAAUCAGAACUAUGUGGUGUAUGACCUGAUGAAUGAGAUGGCAUGGAGGGCAGAGCCUGCGAACCUCACAGAAUGGUUCUCUGCCUACGUCAGGAGACGAUACGGUACAGUAGAUGAUCAUGUAAACAAGGCAUGGCAGCUGUUGAAGUCUGGCGUGUACAAUUUCACUGGAUUGAGAAAAGUACGAGGGAAGUACGUGAUCUGUCGUCGGCCGAGCCUUGAGCUUCGUCAGUGGGUGUGGUACAACACUACAGAACUGGCCGUUGCUUGGGAUGAGCUGCUGAGUGCUUCAUCUCAGUUUCACAGUGCUGCCAACUAUAGACAUGACCUGGUUGAUGUAACGAGACAGGCCUUGCAGGUGUUAGGCGGAGACCUCCACAACAUCAUCGUAUCUGCUUUCAGGAAGGGCAACUUGACAAACUUCCGGCAGAAUACUCAGCUGUUUCAAAACCUGUUGAAUGAUCUGGAUGUGUUGCUAGGUUCAAACGAAGAUUUUCUCUUGGGACAUUGGCUGGAAGCCGCUAAAGCUCUUGGCACCACCGCAUCGGAGAAGCAAUUGUAUGAGUACAACGCUCGUAACCAGAUCACAUUAUGGGGACCUCAUGGUGAGAUUGUUGACUACGCCAAUAAACAGUGGGCAGGUGUGGUGUCCCAUUACUUCCUCCCUCGUUGGAGUCUCUUUCUGAGUGCUCUCAACAAUUCUCUAGCUACUGGUAUUCCAUUCAAUCAAUCUCAUACUGCUGAGCAGAUUUUCAAAGAAGUGGAGGAACCCUUCACUCUUGAUACUACAGUAUUCCCAACAAGCCCACAAGGUGACAGCAUUGCAAUAGCAACAGACAUUCAUGCUCGAUGGAGGAGUCACUUUGUUGCACGCCGACCAUUGCGCAGGUUUCGUCACUACCGUGGAAGAGCGACACUUGGUAUUUUUCCACCCCGAUCUCGUGUUUUUAGCCUUAAUACAGAAGUGGCAUAAUGUCCACAUUACACUGAAGGAAGUAUGUGUACAAAAGGCAAGUUGCCAAAUAAUGUUCUUGUGUUGCCAUAUAUGAUAAUAUGAGUAUUUAUGUUAAGGGUCUUGAGUUUGCCAGAUUCUCCUGGUAUACUUUAUAUGCUGUCUGUUUACAAGUACAACAAAUCACUGUCUGUAACCAUUUUCUGUUGAAGAAAUUAUCCGUUGAUGAGAAAUUCACACAGAAUAUACAUCUCUGCUCAUAGUGAAUCAGACAGGCAUCCAGCAUUGUGGAGGAAUAAAUGAUGGGAAAUGUAUUCAGAUAUUCCAGCCAUAGCUACCUUAAGACUGUUUCAGCAGUCCACUGUUGAUGCUUGAACCAAUGUAAUUGAUACCAUCAGAAAGAACCGUGUGAAAAUGAGGUUGGGGCAUUCGCACGUAAAAGGAAUGCCAAAAAUAUUGUAUUGUAUAAUAUAAAUACAGAAAAUAACUAAAGUACUUUGUGGUGCAAGGAUUUUCUUUUGAA